AUGACGAAAACAAUCGAAAAAGAGGCGGACAAGCUGAAUCAUGUACAGAAACCGGACGUCGAAAAAGCCAAAGAUGUAAUGGAAAAGAAAAAACGCGUGAAAAUGGGAAAAUAUGCAAUGCUUUUGGGCUAUCAAGGAAAACAAUACUAUGGAAUGCAGCUUCAAAAAGAUCUGCCAACGAUUGAAUCGAAGCUUCUCGACGCGAUGUUUCAAGCUGGAUGGAUCACAAGCGAGCAAAAAGAGAAGCCGUUCGGGUUUUUCUUUCAACGAGCCGCAAGAACGGAUCGAGCCGUGUCGGCGGCGCGCCAAAUGUGCGGAAUGCAAUUGCCCAAAAAUGACGACUUCUAUCAAGUCGACGGCGCCGCCACGCUCAACAAGCUUCUUCCGCCGGAUAUUCGCGUAUUUGGAAUCCGCCGCGCCACCACCUGGUUCCACCCGCAGAAGCUCUGCGACUAUCGGACCUACAGCUACACAACGCCAACGUUUGUGUUCGCCAAACCCGAUGAGCUCACAAACGCGUCAUUUCGCAUCAAAAAGGAGACAAUCGACGAGAUUAAUGAUAUUUUGUCGAUCUAUUUGGGAACACACAAUUUUUUCAAUUAUACGGCAAAAAGAGCAUUCGAUGAUAUGAGCUGCAAUCGAUAUAUCGUCUCGUUCAAAUGUGGCGAACCGUUUUUAUUCAAAGACGAAUUUCGAAAUGAGGAGGUCGAGUUCAUUUCGAUAACCGUAAAAGGACAAAGUUUCGUUCUUCAUCAAAUUCGAAAAAUGAUCGGAAUGGUGAUCACUGUUGUCAGAGAGCUUCAGCUGAAAUCGGCAAUUCAGAAGACAUUCGAAGGACAGAGGAUGGACGUCCCAAUGGCCCCAGGACUUGGUUUACUACUCGAACGAACACAUUUUGAUAGCUAUGAUAAGAAGCAUGAGAAAACGCACGAGCCGUUAUCGCAUUGGGGAGAGGUGAUUGAGGCGGAGGUCGAGCGGACCAAGUUCGAGCUCAUCACCAAAGAGAUGCUCGAGACUGAGCUUCGAACUCAAGGAAUGCUCAAAUGGCUUGCCGAUUUGUCGAAUCAUGAUUUCGCCGCGGAUCCCGAAGUCGAGGAGCCGCCGCAAAAAUCGUUUGUCACCAUGGCGGCAGCGAUGGCGAAAAAGGCCACUGAGGAGAAACAACUCAAUGAAGAAGAAGAAGAAAAAAACACUGAAAAGCCCAUCGAGGAAGUACCAGUGGCGACAACCGCCUAA